UUCGUCGUACACCACAUUAGACAACAUGAACAGUGACGAUGCCGCUACGUCGUCGGGAGGACUGGACAAUAGCCUGCAUGUGUGGACAACCACGAAAAUCUACUUCCCCAUCCUUGUAAUGUCGUUGAUCGUGUUUGAGAUCGUCCGCGAUCACGACCUGACGCGGUCCUUCUACACGUGCCGGUCGCGGUCCCCAGUGCAUGCAUGCCCCAUGACAUUUGCAUCAACCCAAGGCAGCAGUGGUGGCUUUGCCAAAUGGGUUUUGCCCACGCUUGGCCUAACGGACGACGAAGUGUUGGACGCAUGCGGCCUCGACGGACUGUGUUUCGUGAGGUUCAUUCGGCUCGGUCGCAAGAUCGCAGCGUGUGGCGUGCUCUUGUCGGCAGUGCUCUUUCCAGUCUACGCCACGGCGCAGUGGACUCGCAACGAUGUCGACGCGCUCGAGCGCAUUGCGCUCAACAUCCUUCGUGAAAACGACCCUCGAUUCUGGUAGACAUACAACAUUUUCAUACGACAAAAAACAACUAGACGCUGUUGGUGGUGGUUAUGUAGGGCGGCAGUGGCAGCCAUGUAUGCGAUCUCAGGCUACACUUUGUACUUGCUGCACCGCGAGUACAAGGACUUUGUCGCGAGGCGGCACCACUUCCUGAGCCAGCCAUACGUUCAGCAGUACAGCGUCGUGAUCCACGACCUCCCCAAGCAACUGCGGACGUGCGAGAGCCUGACCACAUAUCUAAACCACUUGUUUCCGAACGCGAUUCACAGCGUGGUCGUGGCUGUGGACUGCAAACAGCUCGAGAAGCUCGUGGCGAAACGAAGCCAUUAUCGGUGCAAACUCGAGCGCGCGCUCACCCAGUGGACCCAGAGCGGUCGCAACAAUCAUCGACCGGUGCAUCUCGUGAAAAGCCGGGGUACUACCGUCGACGCCAUCGACUACUUUGGCACCAAGUUGGACCGACUCAACUACCGCAUCCAAGUGGACAUUGACGAGCUGGAAACACGGCAGAAACACUUGUACGAAGCGAUGGCCGACAACUGUCUUGAAGACGCCAGCUGCGUCUCUGAUCCGGACAUUGAGAGAUCUCAGAGCCAGAACCACAUCAAGAUGCCACAAACGAGCACUCCAAUGAAACCCACAUCCAGACCACUUCAACAGAUCGAAGGGGAGACCAAGUACCUUCUUGCCCUCAUGCGCCCCACUGCCUUUGUAACCUUUCGCACACUCCUUGGCACGCACAUGGCCCAGCAACUUCUGCAAACGUCCAAACCCACCAAGAUGCUCAUCGAAGCCGCACCUUGUGCGUGCGACAUCAACUGGGAAAAUCUCGGCUUGAAGGUCCAUGUACGUAACACGUUGCAACUCGUGGCUCGGUACCUCACGAUUGGCAUUGUCUUGUUCUGGACGGUGCCGUCGACGGUGGUCACGUCGUUCUCGUCGGUCGAGUCGCUGCGGAAACUCAUCCCGGCGCUAGGCCCCACGUUUGUCACGUACCCGUGGCUCGAAGGCUUGUUCAAACAACUCACCCCCCUCGGGCUUGUGAUCAUGACUGCGCUAGCCCCGGUCAUGUUUACGCUCAUUUCUCGCCGCGAAGGUCACCUGUCCGAGCCCCAAAUUCAAACGUCUCUUUUGCACAAGCUCGUGUACUUCCAAUUCACCCAGAUCUUUGCCGUGAGUGUGGUGGUCGGGUCAGUCCUCGAUAGUCUCGGCGCCCUUGUGGACAACCCCGUGAGCGCUAUCACGAUGCUCGCCAAAGCGAUCCCCGCUCAAGCUGCCAGCUUCAUGUCGUACCUGAUCGUCAAGACCAGCCUCGGGUUGACCAUGGAGCUGUUCCGCGUUGGCCCAAUCGUUGUCGGGGUUCUCUUCUCUGUCUUGGCGCCGAAAUCCACGCCCAGAGACCGGGCGGCCAAGUGGUGCGGCCUUGCCCCCGCCUCGGAGCCCGGCGUGCUCCCCUACAGCCAGAACCUCCCCGACUACUUCCUCGCCAUCCUGCUCACGUUGACGUUUUGCCCCAUGUCCCCCGUCUUGUGCUACUUUGCAUACGGUUUCUUUGUCGUGAGCGACGUUGUGUUUCGGAGGCAGUUGCUGUUUGUGUACAACCCCGCGCUCAACUCGACCGGGUUGUGCUGGCACCCCAUGUACAACUUUGUCAUUGCCUCACUUGUCGUCGCCCAACUCACUCUCCUCGGUGUGCUGUCGCUCAAGAAAGCCCCCGGGCCUGUCGUCGCCGCCGCCGUCCUUCCGUUCCUCACGCUUUUCGCGCAUGUCAACAUACUGAACCUGUAUCCCCGCACCGCCACGUACUUGCCCCUCCUCGACUGCGUCCGCAUCGACCAACAUCGCCGGUAUGGCCACCACAUCACAGACUUUCCAAAGGACAACUACGUCCAGCCAGCCAUGUUGGCCAGGACCCCCCUCCAGCCAGAAUACCCCCCUAGCCACGCGUCCGGCAUUAAUGGCAGCGAUGGGGACCUAAAUAUAGCCGUAGCGCCAUCAAACGCACUUCGUGAUGAACGGGACAAGGACGAGUUGGGGAUGUAUUUUUUAUCCGAUUAACUUAAUUGAGAUGGAAGUUGCGUACGAGGAA